AAAAUACACCCUGUGAAUGAUCUCUCUCAUCAAUCACACUUCUAUAUAAACCCAUGUUUCCCCACCAUUUCUUUUCACCCUCAAAACUCCAUUCAUCACCAUCUUUCUAUUCUUCUUCUUCUUCUAAUUCCCUGCUUUUGUAACCAUGGCUACUGCUCAGGUUGUAUCAGCAACAACAGCAUUGCAUGAUGAGAAAAUUGAGGAGAAAUCGAAUGUCGAAAUCGGAGAGGACAUAAAGAGCACAAAUGAUCAAGAAACAACACCACAACCACAAGAAGACCAGCCCCCUAAAGAAAAACCUCUUGAUGACAUAACUGUUGCACCUGAACCUGAUGUAGCUGCUCCUGAAGUCCUAGAAGCCAAACCAGAACCAAAAGCCGAACCAGAACCAGAAGCCGAACCGGAAGCCCUUGCAGCUGAGGUUGAAACCAAAGUGGUUCUAAAAGAAGAAGAAGAAGAAGGUAAGGAUAUUCCUGUGGAUCAGCCUGCAAAGGUGGCACCCGAGCCAUGUGUGGAGGAAGAGGCUAAAGAAACCAAAGAACCAGAAGGUGAACCGGUGGAAACCAAAACCGAAACCGAAGCGGAAGCGGUACCCGAGCCGACCGAGGUGGCAAAGAGUGAAGGUGAACCGAAGGAGGAGUCUGAGAAGAAAGAAGAAGGUGCAGCAGCUGAGUAGAUCAUUUGAAGUGUGCAUGCUUCUUGUGGAUCUAUUUGGUUAUUAUCUUUAGUUUGAUUUUGAUUAAAAGUUUGUGAAAUUCCAGCUGGGAUAGGUUAUUGUGUAAUCAAAGGCAGGCUUGGCCACGUGGCAAGCAUGGGUUGGGUAGAAACUAGGGUUUUAUUUAAGGGAACAUGCAGGUCAGGGUUUGCUGGUAAUAAACUCCCAGGCUGGAUUUGUUUAAUUUUCAUGAAUAAAGUGUGUAUGUUUUUAUGUUAUUCUAAGGUGGCUUACCUGUAAUGCUUUGUCCUUGCAGUUAUAUAUGAGUUACUUUUUAGUGAUCAA